AUGGGGAGGGGGAAGAUUGCGAUUGAGAGGAUCGACAACACAACGAACCGUCAGGUGACCUUCUCCAAGCGGCGCGGAGGGCUGAUGAAGAAGGCCCGGGAGCUUGCCAUUCUUUGUGACGCCGAUCUCGCGCUCAUCAUCUUCUCCAGCACGGGUCGCCUCUAUGACUUCGCGAGCUCCAGUGGAAUGCAGGCAAUACUAGAGCGGUACCAGGAGGCAAAAGAGGAGCACUGCGGAGUGUUGAAUCCAACAUCUGAGGCAAAGCUAUGUAAGUAUAUAUGCAUAUUAUGGCAGAGGGAGGUUACAACCUUGAGGCAGCAAGUGCAGAACUUACACCACAAUAAUAGGCAAUUGUUGGGAGAGGAGCUAUCGGGGACCACUAUUCGAGAUCUGCAGUUUCUAGUGAACCAGGUUGAGAUGAGCUUGCAUUCCAUAAGAAAGAGGAAGCAAGUUAUGGCUGCGGAGAUCCAUGAACUCAACCAAAAGGGAUUUCUUGUUCAGAAGGAAAAUGUCGAACUUGACAAGAAGUUCAGUAUUGCUCAUGAGCAGAACAUAGAGCUGCGGAAGGAGCUUUCGGCGGCCAUGAGAUCGAGUGAGCAGCAAGCCAGCGGAAGCAACUCAAAAGCUGCUGCCGGAUUAUUGUUGUCUACUAGAGUACGUGAACCAAAUAUUGACCUUGAGUUGCGCCAGCAGGAGCAUGAGGAUGAAUAA